AUGGAUGCGGAAACCCUUCUCCGCCUUAUCCUCAUCAGAUUUAAGACGCAGCGGUCCAAUUCAGCUUCACCUGACUCACAAGAGGAACCUUUCAAGCCUGCAAAAACGAGCUACUGCGAAAAUGAGUUGUGUGAUUUUUUUGUGACGCUCUGGGUGAAGCAGCUGGAGCACUGCAUCACUCUAGACGCAGCUCUGCGCGACGUCCUCUGCUUCCUCCUACCUUCACAGUGGAGCGGAGCACCAUGCGACAGCUUUUACCUCAAAGAGGCGGUAGUAGGCAGCAACGAGAAGAACGACCUACAGUAUUUGGAAGAGCACAGCGAUAUGCAGCAAGUGUUCACAUCGAAAGAAGCGAACAAAAUACCGUUUUUCCUGCUUCUCGACCAGCUCGUAGCACUUCUUCAGCCAAAGCUACCCCAGUUGUCGUUGACCCUGAAGGAGUGGAUGGCAGCUCUUGACGGCGUGUUGCUGUCGUUGCGUGCUUUCUUUGUCACACUUCAAACUGCGUUUCUAAAAUCCUUUUGCCUAACCGACAAACAACUCACGGAAGCACACCACAACAUCCCCUGGGAGGAGAUGCGGCAGAUGUACUGCAUCGCCGUCUGUGAUCUCUGCCGCCUGCUGGACGCUCAACUUUUUGCUAUCGUGACGCGCACCAUGGCAACACAGCUCGAUGGCGCGUGUGCUUGCUUGAAAACUCAUCUCUUCACGAAGCCAGCGUCCCAAAGUCCGGAGGAGGUUUCAGACGCAGUCGCAAAUCUUGUUGCGAAGCGACUUGACAGCGUUGCCGCGUACAUAGCUGGAUCCUCACCAUUUGGACGCAGGUAUCCCGGCGAAGUCCAGAGAACGCGUCUUUCGAGGACUCUUGUGGCUGCCAGCAUUGACGACGUGCGUGGGUCGUGUUGCUUUUAUGUUGCUAAGCUAGAGGCGGUAACGACAAAUGAAAAGGAGUUGCCCUGCAAAGGUGAGUCCGCCGACGACACGCAAUUGGAAGUAAAGACAAGCAGCGUGAAGAACACGCAGGAUGUCGGUAUGCUAAGCGUUAGCACCGCGUCAGUAUCACUUGACCAGGCGUAUUCGUUGGUGGCGCUGCCUGAGAACGAUAGUCUGGCGUCUCGUGUGGCCGCAAUUGCGCCACCAGAGGAUGAUACGUUGCUUAUGAUGGAACAUUUACUUGCGACUCAGACCCAGAAGGAGGCGAAGACGCUGCACGAAGCAGUCCGUAUUUCUCUUUCGUCAAAACGAUCUCCUAAGGCCAGUGUUUUGUCGGCGAGGUCUUCAGUAGAGGUGCAAGAGCCUUCGGCACAGGUUGCAGUAACAGCUGCCGCUGCAGGUUCGUCGAUAUUGAGGCCAUCCGCGUCGCCGUUAAAGCUCAAAAGCAACCACAAGGAGACGGUGGUAUUUUGGACGCGUCUUCAGCGCAAGCUUGGCUUGGAUGACGUGGCAAUCCAACGAAUCAGUGAGCGAUGCAAGUUUGAAAAUGAGUCACCGUAUUCUGGAGUCUUUCUUGUGGACUUAGAUAUUCGCAACAACGACCGCGCCACGAUGUCUUUUGUCGAGAGCCUGCGUCAGCUUAUCCCUCGCGGCGCUUCCACCGAAAUGUCGUCUAAGAACAUGCGGCUCUUUAAAGAGGCAUUUGAGGGUUACGCGAAAGAGCUGCUAGACAAGUCGAAAGAACUACAGAACGCACUUCCUUUCCUGCCGAUACGGACGAAUGGAGUCCUACUUGGCUCCUUGUAUGCGGUACUGCGCGCAGACAAGCAGUUUCAGUCAUUAAAGCAAAUAUAUCAACAGGCUUCUCAUCUUCCUGCCAGCUCAGAGAGAAAAGUUGCUGAUCAAGCACUGCUUGCAAAUGUCGAAACGUUGAUCGUGAAGCGCAUCCACUUUUUCUCCAAAUUGGCUGCUAGCGACGACAUGUUUGCUAAACCACCUUCCCAGGUGGUCGCUGAUGGAGCGUCGGAGUCUCAUCGCAGGCGGAGUCGGAGAUCGACGAGUAAGGAGGCACCUCCCCAAGCGGUGGUGCUCGUUCCCGUUGUGAGGACGUGGUCUCAAAGCUCGCAGAGACAAUUGGCGCGGAGCCGCAGCAGCUCUUCCACUUCAACACCGCGACAUCAAAGUUUCUCUGAGCGAGCCAAGCGCAGCUCCUCGGUCACGGAGGCUUUCUCAGAGGCGCAGCGCAGUGUCUCACGUAGCGAGAUGCCCGUGCCAUCUGCAGGGACACGAGUAGAGGAGGUUUACCAGCAUGCGUGCCGCUUUUAUGGUGUCACGGAAAACUCUGCACUCGUGCGUCAGUUAAAGCAAGCGAAGGAGAACUACAUUACAACACUGGAUCUCUCUAGCAACUACGUAGGCGUCAAGGGUCUGAAGCCGGUAUUGGCGCUUCUGAAUUUCAACGGUAGUCACCUCAUCUCGCUCUCUUUGUGUAAUAACAACUUUGAGAACGAGGAGGUUGAGCAAAUAUCCCGGAUGCUAGAAGGCCCGGCGGGAGAAAACCUUGUUUACCUGGACCUCUCUUUUAAUCCGAUCUCUUCUUUAGCACUCGUCACUUUACAGAAACUGAGCAAACAACUCCCUCGCUUGGAAUCUCUGUUACUAAGAGCAACACUGCUUCCUUACGGCGCAGUAAAGGAGUUGCAGCAGAACGUUUUAAACAAAACUGCACAGCGCCUUUUCUGA